AUGGACACAAGAAAUAAUCUUUACGAAGCAAGUCAGAGUUUUCGAGCAAACAGUUCUUCGGUUUGGAGGGACACUGGUAUGGAAGUUUUCUCGAGGCCCUCCAUGACUUCCAACCAUGAAGAUGAAGAAGAAGACCUCAAGUGGGCUGCACUUGAAAGACUUCCCACAUUCAACCGUUUAAAGAAAGGUUUGCUCACUUCUUCAAGCGGCGAGGCAAGUGAAGUUGAUGUACGUAAACUUGGGUUUCAAGAAAGGAAUAAUUUAAUUCAGAGGCUUGUGAAAGAUACCGAAACCCAGAACGAGAAGUUCUUAAUGAGGCUGCGAGAGCGACUCGAUAGAGCUGGAGUGGAAGUUCCAGCACUGGAGGUAAGAUACGAGCAUAUCAAAGUCGAUGCAGAAGCUCAUGUAGGAACAAGGGCAUUGCCUUCAUUCUUUAACUUUUACAUUAAUUUUUUCGAGGGCAUCUUGUCUAGUCUCCACUUGCUUAAGAGUAGGAAGAAACACGUGUCUAUCCUCCGUGAUCUUAGUGGAAUCAUUAGGCCUAGCAGAAUAACAUUGCUUUUAGGUCCUCCAAGUUCUGGAAGGACCUCGUUAUUGCUGGCUCUUGCCGGGAAGCUUUCACCAGAUGUAGAGUUCUCAGGGAAGGUGACAUACAAUGGCCUUGACAUGAAUGAAUCUGCACCUUGGAGAGCUUCUGCCUACAUCAGUCAGCAUGAUAUCCAUAAUCCUGAAAUGACUGUAAGAGAAACCUUGUCCUUCUCUUCUAGAUGCCAGGGGGUCGGACAUCGUCAUGAAUGGUUAGCAGAAUUGUCAAGGAGAGAGAAAGCAGCAAAUAUUCAGCCUGAUCCUGAUAUUGAUGUCUUCAUGAAGGCAUCAGCUAUACAAGGCCAGAAGGCAAAUGUUUUCACAGAUUAUGUUCUGAAGAUUUUAGGACUAGACAUAUGUGCAGAAACCAUGGUCGGGGAUGGAAUGCUAAGGGGUAUUUCGGGUGGUCAAAAGAAGCGUGUCACAACCGGUGAGAUGCUGGUUGGACCAGCAAAGGUUCUGUUCAUGGAUGAGAUUUCUACUGGUUUGGACAGCUCAACAACUUAUCAAAUUGUGAACUCGCUUAGGCAAUCCAUGCACAUUCUCAACGGAACUGCUGUUAUUGCUCUCCUCCAGCCACCACCAGAAACUUAUAACCUUUUUGAUGACAUUAUACUCCUCUCCGAUGGUCAAAUUGUGUACCAGGGGCCCCGUGAACACGUGCUAGAGUUUUUUGAGUCCGUAGGCUUCAAAUGUCCUGAAAGAAAAGGCGUGGCCGAUUUUCUGCAGGAAGUGACUUCAGAGAAAGAUCAGGAGCAAUAUUGGGCUCAUAGGGAUAAGGCUUACAAAUUCGUCACGGUCAAGGAAUUCACUGAUACAUUUCAGUCUUUCCAUGUUGGGAAGAAAAUAAAAGAGGACCUUUCGGUUCCAUUUGACAAGAGUGACAAGGGUGCAGAACUUUUGGCUCCCCAAAAAUAUGGUGUUGGAAAGAAAGAACUCCUUAAAGCCUGCAUGUCAAGAGAAUACUUGCUAAUGAAGAGGAACUCAUUUGUCUAUGUAUUCAAGUUUGUGCAGCUUAUAGUGAUGGCAUUCAUUACAAUGACACUCUUCAUACGGACAAGGAUGCAUCGAGAUUCAAUAACAGAUGGAGGCAUUUUCACUGGUGCCUUAUUUUUCUGUAUGAUAAUGGUCAUGUUUAAUGGAAUGUCUGAGCUCAGUUUGACCAUUGCCAAGCUUUCUGUUUUUUACAAGCAAAGGGACCUCAUGUUUUUCCCUGCCUGGGCGUAUGCACUUCCCGGAUGGUUGAUCAAGGUUCCCCUCUCAUUCGUGGAAGUUGGAAUUUGGGUUUUCAUGACCUACUACGUCAUUGGUUUCGAUCCAAAUGUGCAUAGGUUGUUUAGACAAUACUUUAUAUUCAUACUUGUCCAUCAAAUGGCUUCUGGAUUAUUCCGACUUAUUGCAGCACUUGGUAGGAAUAUGGUUAUUGCUACCACAGGCGGAUCAUUUGCACUGCUAGUACUCUUUGUAAACGGUGGCUUUGUUCUUUCAAGAGUGGAUAUAAAGAAAUGGUGGAUAUGGGCUUACUGGAUAUCGCCAAUGAUGUAUGCGCAGAAUGCAGUGGAAGUAAAUGAGUUCCUAGGGAAUAGCUGGAAACAUGUUCUUCCAAACACAGAACAGCCGUUGGGAAUUUUGGUUUUGAAGUCUAGAGGAUUCUUUACAGAACAACGCUGGUAUUGGAUAGGAGUUGGGGGCCUGAUUGGAUUUAUAAUACUAUUCAACUUGGCUUAUGUCUUGGCCCUCACUUAUCUCGACUCUUAUGACAAGGCUCAAAGUAGUCAAUCGGACGAAUCUCAAGAAAAUGAACAAGCUCAAAAAACUGCAAAUGAAGGGAACAGAGCUAGCGCUGAGAUAAACUCCAGUAAGAAAAAAGGAAUGACUCUUCCAUUUCAACAACAAUCUCUCACCUUUAAUGACAUUGUGUACUCUGUUGACAUGCCACCGGAAAUGAAGAAUCAGGGUGUCAGUGAGGAUAAGCUGGUGCUUUUGAAGGGAGUGAGCGGUGCUUUCAGGCCUGGCGUCCUUACCGCUUUGAUGGGUGUCAGUGGUGCUGGUAAAACUACCCUCAUGGAUGUGCUAGCUGGUAGGAAAACUGGGGGUUAUAUUGACGGUGAUAUCAAAAUUUCUGGAUAUCCCAAAAAGCAAGAAACCUUUGCUCGAAUUUCAGGAUACUGUGAACAAAAUGACAUCCAUUCUCCUCAUGUUACUGUCUAUGAGUCUUUGCUUUUUUCAGCUUGGCUCCGCCUACCCUCUGAAGUCAAUUCUACAACAAGAAAGAUGUUUGUGGAGGAGGUGAUGGAGCUUGUGGAACUAAAACCUUUGCGGAAAGCGCUAGUUGGCUUGCCAGGUGUGAAUGGUCUCUCAACUGAGCAACGGAAGAGGCUCACCAUUGCUGUUGAACUAGUGGCAAACCCUUCCAUAAUAUUCAUGGACGAGCCAACUUCAGGGCUAGAUGCUAGAGCUGCUGCAAUUGUCAUGAGAACAGUUAGGAACACUGUGGACACUGGAAGAACAGUUGUCUGCACCAUUCAUCAGCCAAGCAUUGACAUAUUUGAAUCUUUUGAUGAGUUAUUAUUGAUGAAGCGUGGAGGAGAAGAAAUAUAUGUAGGGCCUUUAGGCCACCAUUCUUGUGAUUUGAUCAAGUAUUUUGAGGACAUUGAAGGAGUCAGUAAAAUUAAAGGUGAUUACAACCCUGCAACUUGGAUGUUGGAAGUUAGCUCUUAUGCACAAGAACAAGCUUUGGGAGUUGAUUUUUCCAAAGUGUACAAAAAUUCUGAACUGUAUCGGAGAAACAAAGAACUUAUUAGGCAACUGAGCACACCUCCUGCCGAUUCCAGAGAUCUCCAUUUCCCUUCUCAAUACUCUCAAUCAUUUUAUGCUCAAUGCAUAGCAUGCUUUUGGAAACAAAGAUUGUCGUAUUGGCGCAAUCCACCAUACACUGCUGUAAGAUUUUUGUUCACAGCUAUCAUAGCCAUCAUGUUUGGCACAAUGUUCUGGGACCUGGGCUCCAAAACGAAAAAGCAGCAAGACCUGUUUAAUGCGAUGGGCUGUAUGUAUUGUGCUGUUCAAUUCAUUGGAAUCCAAAAUGCUGGUAGUGUGCAGCCAGUCGUUUCAGUUGAACGAACGGUUUUCUACAGAGAAAAAGCUGCUGGAAUGUAUUCACCCUUAGCGUACGCCUUUGCACAGAUUAUAAUUGAGCUCCCGUACAUUUUCAUCCAAACUCUGGUUUACGCUGUCAUCGUGUACUCCAUGAUGGGACAUCAAUGGACUGCUGCUAAAUUCUUUUGGUAUUUGUUCUUCAUGUACUUCACAUUGCUAUAUUUCACCUUUUAUGGGAUGAUGGCUGUGGCUGUGACGCCAAAUUUCCACAUUGCUACUAUAAUUUCCUCCGCAUUUUAUGGAGUGUGGAACCUCUUUUCCGGAUUUAUUGUCCCGCGAACUAGAAUGCCCGUGUGGUGGAGAUGGUACUAUUAUAUAUGUCCAGUUUCGUGGACCUUAUAUGGACUAGUUAUAUCACAGUAUGGAGAUAUGGACGACAUGCUUGACAAUGGUGUAACAGUUAAACAGUUUUUGAAAAGUUACUUCGGCUUCGAACACAAGUUUCUAGGACCAGUUGCAGGUAUUGUUACAGCGUUUGUUAUUCUCUUCGGACUUAUUUUUGCCGUUUCCAUCAAGGUUUUCAAUUUCCAGAAAAGAUAG